UUCCGUCUGGGUACGGUAACUUACAGAAGAAGCUAGAAAAAGGGGACGAUUCGGGAUCGCUUCCGAAAUAUGGGUGCUUUCCGAUUAGAAGUGUUGAUAUUUAAUGGCGUCCGGCACAGAGAGUGAUGACACAGCCGAUACUCCACCCCCGACAAACAGUAUUUACAAGGACCCAGAUGACGGCCGGCAGCGAUUCUUGCUCGAAUUGGAGUUCGUCCAGUGCCUCGCAAAUCCCACCUACAUUCACUCUUGCAUUUUGUAUAUGUAAUGUAGAUUUGGCUCAGAAUCGUUACUUUGAGGAUGAGGCUUUCAUUGGGUACUUGAAACAUCUUCAGUAUUGGCAGCGUCCCGAGUAUACGAGAUUUAUAAUGUAUCCUCAUUGCCUGUUUUUUCUUGAGCAACUUCAAAAUGCGAACUUUCGCGCUGCAAUGGCACAUCCCGGAAACAAGGAAUUGGCACAUAGGCAGCAAUUCUACUUCUGGAAGAACUAUAGGAACAACCGUUUAAAACAUAUAUUACCGAGAUCCCUCCCUGAACCUGUUCCUGCACUUCCACCACCUGCACCACCUCAGCAUGCUGUGCCUCCCGUUCCACCUGUGCCGGCUACAACUGUUUCUGUGACAGCAACUGCUCCAGCCCCUUCUCCUAUGCAGUAUGCUAUGCCCCCUGGGUCUGCUCCAAAAGUUGAACCGAGGAAUAGUGGGGUUGAUCGACGAAAGAGGAAGAAAGACGGUUAACUUGACAAUAUCAUACAUAAUAACAGCAAUGGAAAAUAAAUCAGGCGAGGAGAAUGGUCAAGAACUGAAGGUGCAGUGCGGCAGUUUCCAUCUUUCAAAGACAUUCUGACGAUAUGAUGUUAGAGUCUUUGAGGGCACUUAUGAGCACUUGGGAGUUUGGUUGGUGAGACCGUGACGUUAUAUCACAAAGCUUUGAGAAGACCUUCUGGAAGACAGUUUUGUUUAUGCCCGCUACUUGUUUCGAUUGAGUUGAAGAUCUGUUGAGGUGCCUUGCUAAAAGCCUAACUCAGAACUGCCCUUCGAUCGGGUUGUCAAUCUUUACUGGUAGAGUAAAAGGUACUUUGCCUUGGAUUGAUCGGAAUGAUUUUUCUCCGAAUUUGAACUCCAUGAUGAUACGAUGGCUAAGCGGUAUACAUCAUUAUUUGCCUUCAAGCAUUUGAUGAAGACUAAUUACAUGAAAAUCUGAUUUCAUGAGUCAUAUUUGCUUGGGAUUUGUAUGUAAGUUAAUAGCGUUUGCCGUUGUGCUCGAGAUUUUGAGUUUGAUUCCCCCUCUUUUGUGUAAAAAGAUUGAUGUUCUUUAGGUGCUAGCAAAGUAGACAAAGUUUCAAGAAGAGAGAAAUCGAACGUUUCAUGAAUCUCAUCGCUUGUGCCUAUUUUCUUAAGGAAAUCACCAAAGCUUGGACC